AUGCCGGGAUUCUUUCAGGGUCUUGCGAAGGCUGCUGUUGAGGGGUAUCAGAAUGCUAAGGAGCAGCAGGCGCUGGCUCAGAGGGAGGCGCUUGCGAAGCAGCAGGGAGGAUAUGCGUCGGCGGCGUCGCAGGAGCGGCUCGAGUGGCAACAACCACAGCAGGACUACCGGCAACAACAGACGUGUUCGCUUCCACCGCCUCCUCCGCGACCACAAAGGCAACAGUCUCAGCAGCAAUAUCAGCAACAAGAGGUCCAUUCGCUUCCAACGCUCCCUCCACGACAACAAUCACAGCAACAACAGCAUCAGAAUGUAACCUCACAUCCAGCACCACCAGCAAAGACCACCUCCUCACCUUCCCCAGGCUGCAACGGCCUCGACCUCAUCCAAGGCUCCCAAAUCUACAUCACAUUCGUCGCCCCCGACCUCGACAUCUGCCCCUCCUGCUACCAGACCUCCAUCGCCCCAUCUCCCUUCUCCACCUCCUUCACCCCCAUCAUCGACCCCAACCCCGGCCACAAAACCUGCGACAUGGCCAUCAAAGGCGUCCGCCACGCCUGGAAAGAAGCCUGCGCACGAGCCUCGACCGACGCAACAAACGCGGAAAUCUGGCUCCAACGCUUCGCCUCCCAAUCCCAAACCAUCAUGUCCCACGUCACCGCCCUCCUCGCCACAAUCACCUCCCUCAAAGAACAAAUCCAACUCGCGACUCUCCAAGCUCAGUUCACGCAAGCCUCCGCCAUGAACCAGACCAGCCACGGCUUCUCGAUGUCGUGUAUCAAUUCGAUCGGUGGGGGGAAUUACUACGAUGGCGGGAGUGUCAUCUCUGCGGCGGGGAAUAAUCGGUUUUCGGAGGCGACGCGGAUGAAGAUGGAUGUCAGUGUGAAAGAGUAUGAACUCGGGAGAGGCUUGGCGGAGUUUAGGGCGUUGGUGGGGUGUGGGGUGGAUGGGAGGGCGGAUUGGAGUUGA